CAAUCAAACAAUCUGGGACGCACAGAAAAAUGCCUAGGGCAAAAGCUAGGGACACAGCCAGGCCAGUGGAGCUUAUUUGGCAGUGAAUAGAUGGCCGGGGCCAAGGAAGAUGGAAAUUUACCCGAGGAAAAAAUAUGUCCGCGUUUUGGGCGGAGAGAAGGAUUCUGGAAAAGAAAGGGCGAGAGCUAGCUAGAAGCAAGGCCCCAGCUUUAUCCCCAUCAGUUGAAGCGCGAGUGGCACAGGGGCAUGGAAGGGAUGGGCAUCUGUCCCUUGCUUGCUUGAUUGACUGACUAUCGUGGGCAGGAUGUUAGAACCAACUAAAAUUAGAGACAUGUAUUUAAUAGUAAUAAUACUGUAAUACAAUGUACAUACAUAUUGGAUGAACUACGCGUUUAUAUGCACUUCAUUAACCCAGCAACAUUUUAUGUUAGCUUGUUAUCUUGCGCGCCUGGCUAGCGAAUCUGUAGCAAACGCUGCUGUAAAUAUGGUGCUUCUGCUAGCUACGUUAGCUUCAAUGUGGUCAACUAACGUUUAAAACAAGGAUGCUUCAGUGGGUGUUUCGUCCGUAGAGGGGGUGAUGCAUAUUAUAUUUGACAUACGUUUGAUGUCGUUUUCGAAUAGAUUGUCAAAGAAAACUCAAAAUGAAUUAGCUAACGUUACUAGUUAGCUGUUUUCGCAAAUGAACUAGCUACAGUAGCGUGUUAUUUUGUCUAACGACCGUACAGUCUGGAUAUGAAGAGGUAAACAUUUCUAUGUAGCUAACGUUCUGUAAAAUUGAAUUGUCUCACUCGACCGCCUUCCUUCACAUGGUUUACAGCUAAUUCCAUCCUUGCUAACAAACCACCAACAAGCUAGCUUUGUUGCCGCCAGCACCGCAGUGAGAAAAGCAAGUAAAUUCAACGUGGUGGGUGUGUAACAUUAUGAUAGACGGGUAUGUUUGAUCUUCAUCGUUUUCUUGUCAAUUCGCUACAUCGUAUCGUAUGUAGCUGAACACAAGUUAAAAAAGUGAACAAAGCAUUUCGAAUGCAAGCGAAUAAACGUGAUACAUUGUGUUCCCCUAAUCAUCAAAAGCCUUUCAUCUGGAUGUAGACAUGAGAUUCAUGUUGUUCCAUUCUCUUUGAACACAGACAGUACAGUCAAAUAGGCAGCUGGAUUAUAUAUGUUAUUGCAGUAAAGUAGAAGACCACCUGUAUCAGAACAAUCAAGCUUUGCUAUGCUCCAUUCAUAGAAAUAUGGAAAUGUUUGUGAAGUACAAAAGUGGAAUGUUUUGGUAUUUAGACUAUAACAACGAUAACAUGUUUACAGCAUUUGUCCUGUCAGAAGGAAAAACAAUUUACAUGAACCAUUCAAAUAGAUUUUCACUGAAGCGCAGCAACUUUCUCCCUCCACAACCCUACUCCAUUCACAGUACAGGAUCAGUACUAACAUUUUAAUUCGAAUUUUCCCUGGAUUAGAAUAAUCGCAAUUUAUCAUCAGGUGUAAUUGAUACAAUAAUAGCCGUCUUUAAUUCUCAAAGGUGUGUGGGUUUAUGUCUCUUUCUAGGUCCGCCAACGCUCCACGUCCUUAUAAUGCUUCAGUGUUUGCGGCGUCUGCAGUGAAUAUGAUGGCUGCCCAAUCAGUUUCCAUAGACAAUUACACGGAGGGAGAGCAGCAGGUGGGUCAGAAGGACAAAUUUAGUCUGACGCUCAGCUUUGUGCCUGAAACCACAAGGGUGGUUGAAGGGAAGGUUUGAAGUUCUUGAGGUGAUAAUUGACGUUUUUAAUCCGUCAUCAAUGGCAAGAAAGUAGGAAAACUAUUGUCAUUUUUACCUGCCACAAAGCUUUUUUAAUGUUUUAAUUCCGUAAAUGAUUUAUUACAGUGUAAUAGUUUGUCAUUAAUGCAUUUAGAAUGACAGGUAUUGCAAAAUGUGUGGGUGAGGAGAUGGGGAGGAUGAAAGUAUUCACACCCGUUGACUUUUUCCACAUUGUGUUGUUACAAAGUGGGAUCUACACAAAAUACUCUGUCAAAGUGGAAUAUUUAUUUUUAUUUUUUAUUAAUGGAAAAUAAAACAUAUUUUGAUUAGGUAAGUAUUCAACCCCCUGAGUCAAUACAUGUUAGAAUCACCUUUGGCAACGAUUACAGCUGUGAGUGUUUCUGGGUAAGUCUCUAAGAGCUUUGCAAACCUGGAUUGUACAAUAUUUGCCCAUUAUUCUUUUAAAAAUUCUUCAAGCUCUGUCAAGUUGGUUGUUGAUCAUUGCUAGAAAGCCAUUUUCAAGUCUUGCCAAAGAUUUUCAAGCCAAUUUUAAGUGAACUAUAACUAGACCACUCUGGAACAUUCAAUGUCGUCUUGUUAAGUAACUCCAGUGUAUAUUUAGCCUUGCGUUUUAGGUUAUUGUCCUGUUGAAAGGUGGAUUUGUCUCCCAGUGUCAGUUGGAAAGCAGACUGAACCAGGUUUUCCACUUGGACUUUGCCUGGGCUUAUCUCUAUUCCUUUUCUUUUUAUCCUAAAAACACCCUAGUCCUUGCCGAUGACAAGCAUACCCAUAACAUGAUGCAGUCACCACCAUGCUAGAAAAUGAAGAAUGGUACUCAGUGAUGUGUUGUUGAAUUUGCCCCAAACGUAAUGCUUUGUAUUCAGGACAAAACGUUAACUUCUUUGCCAAAUGUUUUGCAGUAUUACUUUAGUGCCUAAUUGCUAACAGGAUAAUGGAAUAAUUGUAUAUUUGCACAUGCUUCCUUCUUUUCACUCGGUCAUUUAGGUUCGUUUUGAGGAGUAACUACAAUGUUGUUGAUCCAUCCUCAGUUUUCUCCUAUCACAGCCAUUUACAUUUUUAGAUUUUAGUCAUUUAGCAGACGAUCUUAUCCAGAGUGCAUAAUUUUUUUUUCUUCUUCUUCAUACUGGCCCCCCGUGGGAAUCGAACCCACAACCCUGGCGUUGCAAGCGCUAUGCUCUAUCAACUGAGCUACACGGGGCCAACUCUAACUGGUUUAAAAUCACCAUUGGCUUCAUGGUGAAAUCCCUGAGCGGUUUCCUUCCUCUCAGUCAACUGAGUUAGGAAGGAUGCCUGUAUCUUUGUAGUGACUGGGUGUAUUGAUACACCAUCCAAAAUUGAAUUAAUAACUUCACCAUGCUCAAAGGGAUAUUCAAUGUCUGCUUUUUUUUACCCAUCUACCAAUCGGUGCCCUUCUUUGCGAGGCAUUGGAAAACCUCACUGGUUUUUGUGGUUGAACUUGUUUGAAAUUCACUGCUCGACUGAGGGACCUUACAGAUAAAUGUAUGUGUGGGGUACAGAGAUGAGGUAGUCAUUCAAAAAUCACUAUUAUUGCACACAGCGAGUCCAUGCAACUUAUUAUCUGACUUGUUAAGCACAUUUUUACUCCUGAAGUUAUUUAGGCUUGCCAUAACAAAGGGGUUGAAUACUAAUUGACUCAAGACAUUUCAGCUUUUCACUUUAUAGUAAUUUGUAAAAAUGUCUAAAAACAUAAUUCCACUUUGACAUUAUGGGGUAUUAUGUGUAGAUCAGUGACACAACAUCUAAAUGUAAUCCAUUUUAAAUGCAGGCUGUAACACAACAAAAUGUGGAAAAAGUCAAGGGGUGUUAAUACUUUCUGAAGGCACUAUAUCUAUGUGACUAACUUGAGAUUUUUCAGCUCUAGGGGAAAAAAAUUGUUUUGCGCAUUUGCGCUCAAUCAAAGUCAUUGUCGCUCCAGUCACAUGGUAGAAGAUUGGAUUUAUGUUCUUGGAAGUGAGCCUGGCUAGCUGCUGGUAUGCAUGUUGUAAAAGCAGGAGAGGAGGAGCAAGUUGGCUUCCAAUCAAUUAAUGUAACUGUUGAUCUGAAUGAAGCAGCACAAGUUAAAGCUUGGUGUGGCUAUCAAUAACGGUUAAAUAUGAUAUGAUAUGCCACCACCUAUCUUUAUAUUCUGGCGCAGACCAAAGAGAUACUGACAUGGCCAGGACACCUCUGCAUCAUCCACCAAUUUUAGAAUCGUUAAGCUAGGCUAUAUCCUUUCCAUUUUGUACUGAAAUACUCAGUGGUCCUCUGUAGCUCAGUUUGUAGAGCAUGGUGCUUGCAAGACCACGCUAGUGGGUUUGAUUCCCGGGACACCCAUACGUAAAAUGUAUGCACGCAUGACUGUAAGUCGCUUUGGAUAAAAGAGUCUGCUAAAUGGCAUUUAUUGUGAUUAAUUUUAGUACCUAAACCUAUUGCCAAUGCCAACAAGACCAAUCUUCUCAAGCCUUAUUGUCGAGGAAGGGUUCUGAGCUUUACGUGUCCACCACUAUUGCUCCUUACUCUGCUGUCAUCUCUCUCUCCUCUCCUCAUGCAGGGGGUGGAGCAGAAGGACAUUGAUGCUGAUCAUGAUCAGAAGUUCAAUGAGGAGGGGUUGGCUGCAGCUUCCAGUCCUGACCCCACUGAACCCCAGACACCCUUGGAUGUAGAUAAGGCCUCCAUAUACCGGUACACCUCCUAACUCUGUUGGCCCCCUGCCAAAGAUUUAGUCAACCAACCCCCUCCUCAACUACUUUCAAACAGGAUAAUGUUGCUGACGAUGGCAGUCCUAGAUGUUGUCGGGCUUUUGUGCCCUACCUAACUAAAAGUAUGGGGUAGAAAUGGCCACAUUUGACAACUGUAGAUAAUAGCAAUUUAGUGAUGUUUCUCUUUGUGUGUGUGUGUGUGGCAGGCAUCCCUUGUUUCCUCUUCUGGCCCAGCUCUUUGAGAAAUGUGAGCAGUCUACACAGGGCUCAGACUGCAUCACGUCAGCCAGCUUUGACGUGGACAUCGAGAACUUUGUCCGCAGCCAGGAGAAAGAGGGCAAAGCAUUCUUCAGCGAGGACCCUGACCUCGACAAUCUGGUCAGCGCCCUCGUCUGCUGUCAAUACUCUUUGAAUGAUUUUGCAUCACUAUGACAUCUAGUGACACUAUUCGCUAAUUUCUGCAAUUGACACAUCAAAUGUCAAAUCAAAUCACAUAUGUCACAUGCUUCGUAAACGCCAGGUGUAGACAAACAGUGAAACGCUUACUUUUGUGCCCUUCCCAACAAGGCAGAGAGAAAAAAUAGAAAAAUAAUAACACAAGGAAUAAGUACACACUGAGUAACGAUAACUUGGCUAUAUACACGGGGUACCAGUACCGAGUUGAUGUGCAGGGGUACGAGGUAAUUGAGGUAGAUAUGUACAUAGGAACGACUAGGAAAGAGGAUAGAUAAUAAGCUGUAGCAGCGUAUGUGAGGAGUCAAAAGAGUUAGUGCAAAAAGGGUCAAUGCAGAUAGUCCGGGUAGCUAUAUAUUGGUUAACCAUUAAUCAAACUAUUUAUCAGUCUUAUGUCUUGGGGGUAGAAGCUGUUCAGGGUCCUGUUGGUUCCAGACUUUGUGCAUCGGUACCGCUUGCCGUACGGUAGCAGAGAGAACAGUCUAUGUCUUGGGUGGCUGGAGUCUUUGACAAGUUUUAGAGCCUUCCUCUGACACCGCCUUGUAUAGAGGUCCUGGAUGGCAGGCAGAUGUACUGGGGCCGAUCUCAUCUCGUUACCUAAUGGCAGUCAGGCUACCUCUGGCGAGCACAUGGAGGGCUGUGCGGCCCCCCCAAAGAAAUGCCACCCCACACCAUAACUGACCCACCGCCAAACUGGUCAUGCUGGAGGAUGUUGCAGGCAGCAGAACAUUCUCCACGGCGUCUCCAGACUCUGUCACGUCUGUCACAUGUGCUCAGUGUGAACCUGCUUUCAUCUGUGAAGAGCACAGGGCGCCAGUGGCGAAUUUGCCAAUCUUGGUGUUCUCUGGCAAAUGCCAAACGUCCUGCACAGUGUUGGGCUGUAAGCACAACCCCCACCUGUGGAUGUCGGGCCCUCAUACCACCCUCAUGGAGUCUGUUUCUGACCGUUUGAGCAGACACAUGCACAUUUGUGGCCUGCUGGAGGUCAUUUUGCAGGGCUCUGGCAGUGCUCCUCCUGCUCCUCCUUGCACAAAGGCGGAGGUAGCAGUCCUGCUACUGGGUUGUUGCCCUCCUACGGCCUCCUCCACGUCUCCUGAUGUACUGGCCUGUCUCCUGGUAGCGCCUCCAUGCUCUGGACACUACGCUGACAGACACAGCAAACCUUCUUGCCACAGCUCGCAUUGAUGUGCCAUCCUGGAUGAGCUGCACUACCUGAGCCACUUGUGUGGGUUGUACACUCCGUCUCAUGCUACCACUAGAGUGAAAGCACCGCCAGCAUUCAAAAGUGACCAAAACAUCAGCCAGGAAGCAUAGGAACUGAGAAGUGGUCUGUGGUCACCACCUGCAAAACCAGUCCUUUAUUGGGGGUGUCUUGCUAAUUGCCUAUAAUUUCCACCUGUUGUCUAUUCCAUUUGCACAACAGCAUGUGAAAUGUAUUGUCAAUCAGUGUUGCUUCCUAAGUGGACAGUUUGAUUUCACAGAAGUGUGAUUGACUUGGAGUUACAUUGUGUUGUUUAAGUGUUCCCUUUAUUUUUUUGAGCAGUGUAUUUUCAGGUAGAGAUACCUCGUGAAGCAACUGCUCUUAUCUCCCUCUUGAUCGUGCAUUCUUCUCUCUUCUCUCGCUCACCUUGUCUGCACCAAACUAACCUAACGUAGCAGGAGUAAAAUAAAUACAGAACGGACAAGUAGGCGUGCAAAGGAUUAUGGUCAUUGUAGUUAAUUACCACAUUUUCUGUGCUAAACUAUGUAGAAUAUUGGCCUGUUGGAAACUUCAACGCCCUACUACAUCGCACAGUUCGAGCUUGAUCUGAUUUAUCUCUAGAGAAACUGCAAUGUGUGCAUUGAACUCACAGAAAGAAAAAAACAGAACAAAAUGGAAUUAAAAUAAUUAAACUGACAUUGGUCAAUUAGUUGUUUAAAAAAAGAAAAAUUACAAAUGUUGGUUAAUCGCUCAGCACUAUUAUGCACGCACCCCUGAGGGUCAGCGUGGCGGAUGUGUUCUGGCCUACCCUCACCACCUGGGUGUGGCCCAUCAGGAAGUCCAGCAUCCAGUUGCAGAGGGAGGUGUUCUGUCCCAGGGUCCUGAGCUUAGUGAUGAGCUUGGCGGGCACUAUGGUGUUGAAUGCUGAGCUGUAGUUGAUGACCGCAUUCUCACGUAGGCGUUCCUCUUGUCCAGGUGGGAGAAGGCAGUGUGGAAUGCAAUAGAGAUUGCGUCAUCUGUGGAUCUGUUGGGGCGGUAUAUGAAUUGGAUUGGGUGUCUGAGAUGAUUGUGUUGAUGUGAGCCAUGACCAGCCUUUCAAAGCAUUUCAUGGCUACAGAUGUGAGUGCUACGGGGCGAUAGUCAUUUAGACAGGUUACCUUGGCGUUCUUGGGCACAGGGACUAAGGUGGUCUGCUUGAAACGUACGUAUUACAGCCUGGGUCAGCGCUUACUCUGAGUACAUUUUACAUUUACAUUUUAGUCAUUUAGCAGACGCUCUUAUCCAGAGCGACUUACAGUUAGUGAGUGCAUACAUUUUGUUUUUUCAUAACUAGGAUAUUGUUGACACGAGUAACUUAUGACAACAGUAGAACAGUUUUUUUCUCUCUGGAGUAAGGUAAAUCCAGCACAUUCUAUGACUGAUGACCUUGUACGAUACAAUGGGUUAGUGUUUAUUCACAGUAGGCUACAGGUCUUAAGACGAUUGACAGACUUUCUCUCCACUGUCUGGUGUUCUGGUCCUGAGCCUGUAUUCACAGAGUCAGAGUAGCAGUGCUGAUCUAGGAUCUGCCUUUUAAAUCAUAAUGAAUAUAAAGAGGGACCUGAUCCUAGAUCAGCACUCCUCUACUCUGAGAUGCUUUAUGAAUCGGGCCCUGGUGUUCUGGUCCUGUGUGUCCCCUCUCCUCUGAUUGGCUCGUGUCCUAGUCCUCGUGUCCUAGCCUCUGAGUACGUGUCCUAGUAAUCCGUCUGGGCCCGCGCGGCCUUGUGAAUGUUACUCACAUUGGCUACGGUGAGCGAGAUCACACAGUUGGGAACAGCUGGUGCUCUCUGCAUGGUUCAGUGUUGCUUGCCUCGAAGCGAGCAUAGAAGAAACAAAAAAAUCAGUAGAAUAAAAAGCAAUAAAAUCACAUGAAUUAAGUAUAUAAAAGUACACUAAACAUAAGGACAGAUUAACCAUGGAGAACACUAAACAUGAUGACAGACUAACCAGGUAAGUGAACUAGACAGAGGAUAAAAGCUAAGACAACAGAGAAUCCAGGUAAGCCUGUGUGAAGAGGUGUGUCUUUAGUGUGUACUUGAAUAUGUGUAUGGAUUGUGAGGUUCUGACAUGGAGAUGGAGGGAGUUCCAGAGUUGGAGGGCUGCACUGCUAAAAGCCCGGUCUCCCAGGGAGCGAAGCCUGGUGCAAGGGAUGGUGUGGAGGCCAGUGUCAGAGGAGCGCAGUGAACAGGUGCGAGUGUAGGGGUGCAGGAGGUCAGUAAGGUAGGUGGGGGCCAGUCCAUUGAGUGCUCUGUAGGUGAGCAUGAGCAAUUUGAAGAUGAUCAUGUAUUUAACUGGGAGCCAGUGGAGUUUGAUUAGGGUGGGAGGGAUGUGGUCCCAUUUAUAAGCGCAAUCCCAUUUUAUAAGCGUCCGGAUUAGUGUCCCACUCCUUGAAAGCGGCAGCUCUAGCCUUUAGCUCAGUGCGGAUGUUGCCUGUAAUCCAUGGCUUCUGGUUGGGAUAUGGAAUAUGCUUGGAAUAUGGUUGGGAUAUGGCUUCUGGUUGGUCACUGGGGUCGACGUUGUUGUUGCACCUAUUAAUGAAGCCGGUGACUGAUGUGGAAAAUCCUCAAUGUUAUCAGAUGGAUCCCGGAACAUAUUCCAGUCUGUGUUAGAGAAACAGUCCUGUAUCUUAGCAUCCGCUUCAUCGGACCACUUCCGUAUUGAGCGCAUCAAAGUGAGCUACUGUUUCAUUGGAGUUGUUUGACUCAUGUCAAAGGGUUAAUAAAGCCAUUUGGGCAUACAUUACACACACAUAGCAUGACACAUUUACAUUUUAGUCAUUUAACAGACGCUCUUAUCCAGAGCGACUUAGUUAGUGAGUGCAUACAUUUUUAUUUGUUUAUUAUUUUUUCAUACUGGCCCCCCGUGGGAAUCGAAACCACAGCCCUGGCGUUGCAAGCGCCAUGCUCUACCAACUGAGCUACACGCGACACAAAGGCCUUAUACCAAAGUAGCUACUAGUGGAAUAAUUAAUGUACUAUGUAACACACUACAGACAACAUACAUGCCAUUUUUAGUGCAAACGUCCUUGCCUCUGCUAACUCCUCUUCCCUCCCUGACCUUUGACCCCAGAUGGUGAAGGCCAUCCAGGUGCUGCGGAUCCACCUGCUAGAGCUGGAGAAGGUGAGCGACCUGUGUAAAGAUUUCUGCAGCCGCUACAUCGCCUGCCUCAAGACCAAGAUGAACAGCGAGACCAUGCUGAGUGGAGAGCCUGGCAGCCCCUACUCACCUGGACAGGGCUACUCUCCCACCAAGACCCAGGUACACACAUCCGCAAUACAUAUAAACAUUACCUACUACCGUACACUCUUGCUAUACACCCACCACAGACACACCCUAUGUAGCAUAUACACCUGAUAGGAUACAGUGGGGGAAAAAAGUAUUUAGUCAGCCACCAAUGGUGCAUGUUCUCCCACUUAAAAAGAUGAGAGAGGCCUGUCAUUUUCAUCAUAGGUACACAUCAACCAUGACAGACAAAAUGAGGGGAAAAAAAUCCAGAAAAUCACAUUGUAGGAUUUUGUAUUAAUUUAUUUGCAAAUUAUGGUGGAAAAUAAGUAUUUGGUCAAUAACAAAAGUUUCUCAAUACUUUGUUAUAUACCCUUUGUUGGCAAUGACACAGGUCAAACGUUUUCUGUAAGUCUUCACAAGGUUUUCACACACUGUUGCUGGUAUUUUGGCCCAUUCCUCCAUGCAGAUCUCCUCUAGAGCAGUGAUGUUUUGGGGCUGUCGCUGGGAAACACGGACUUUCAACUCCCUCCAAAGAUUUUCUAUGGGGUUGAGAUCUGGAGACUGGCUAGGCCACUCCAGGACCUUGAAAUGCUUCUUACGAAGCCACCCCUUUGUUGCCCGGGCGGUGUGUUUGGGAUCAUUGUCAUGCUGAAAGACCCAGCCACGUUUAAUCUUCAAUGCCCUUGCUGAUGGAAGGAGGUUUUCACUCAAAAUCUCACGAUACAUGGCCCCAUUCAUUCUUUCCUUUACACGGAUCAGUCGUCCUGGUCCCUUUGCAGAAAAACAGCCCCAAAGCAUGAUGUUUCCACCCCCAUGCUUCACAGUAGGUAUGGUGUUCUUUGGAUGCAACUCAGCAUUCUUUGUCCUCCAAACACGACGAGUUGAGUUUUUACCAAAAAGUUAUAUUUUGGUUUCAUCUGACCAUAUGACAUUCUCCCAAUCCUCUUCUGGAUCAUCCAAAUGCACUCUAGCAAACUUCAGACGGGCCUGGACAUGUACUGGCUUAAGCAGGGGGACACGUCUGGCACUGCAGGAUUUGAAUCCCUGGCGGCGUAGUGUGUUACUGAUGGUAGGCUUUGUUACUUUGGUCCCAGCUCUCUGCAGGUCAUUCACUAGGUCCCUCCGUGUGGUUCUGGGAUUUUUGCUCACCGUUCUUGUGAUCAUUUUGACCCCACAGGGUGAGAUCUUGCGUGGAGCCCCAGAUCGAGGGAGAUUAUCAGUGGUCUUGUAUGUCUUCCAUUUCCUAAUAAUUGCUCCCACAGUUGAUUUCUUCAAACCAAGCUGCUUACCUAUUGCAGAUUCAGUCUUCCCAGCCUGGUGCAGGUCUACAAUGUUGUUUCUGGUGUCCUUUGACAGCUCUUUGGUCUUGGCCAUAGUGGAGUUUGGAGUGUGACUGUUUGAGGUUGUGGACAGGUGUCUUUUAUACUGAUAACAAGUUCAAACAGGUGCCAUUAAUACAGGUAACGAGUGGAGGACAGAGGAGCCUCUUAAAGAAGAAGUUACAGGUCUGUGAGAGCCAGAAAUCUUGCUUGUUUGUAGGUGACCAAAUACUUAUUUUCCACCAUAAUUUGCAAAUAAAUUCAUAAAAAAUCCUACAAUGUGAUUUUCUGGAUUUUCUUUUCUCAAUUUGUCUGUCAUAGUUGACGUGUACCUAUGAUGAAAAUUACAGGCCUCUCAUCUUUUUAAGUGGGAGAACUUGCACAAUUGGUGGCUGACUAAACACUUUUUCCCCCCACUGUAUACACUCUAUUUACCCAUGAAGGCUCAGUUUAACUCACCUGUGUGUGUGUUCUGUGUGUGUGUGUUGUGCAGACCUCCAGCUCUUUCAAAGGAACCCUCAGUCCCCAGAGGAUUGUGGUGCCAGCGUCAGCCCUGCAGCAAGACAACGUAACUGUGACAACAGUCAACCCCACACAGGUUAUGGCAGGUAUGUCACCCUGGCAUACAACAACCACAGGUACCCUUAGACACCAACCACCACUGCCCACCGCCCUCAGCUCAGUAGGACUGUUAGUGUACCGGCUGGUUUCACAGUCUUUCUCUGUGCCUGCACUUUAAAGCAGCCCUUACGUGUGUCUGUGUCCUCCAGGUGGCACAGUGUACCAGCCUGUCACAGUAGUCAACUCACAGGGACAGGUGAUGUCACAGACCAUCUCUCCCCACACUAUACACAUUCAGAACACACAGGUAAGACACACAUCUGUCUGGACUAAAACAUAGAAUGCUGACAUUUACUGCUUGCUGAAGAGUGUGCUAAUGUAACCGCCUCUCUCUUUCUCUCUCUCAGCUUCAGCUGCAGCUCAACCAGGACCUGAGCUUCUUCAACCACGAUGACAGCUCGUCCAAGAACAAGCGUGGCGUCCUUCCCAAACAAGCCACCAAUGUCAUGCGCUCCUGGCUCUUCCAGCACAUCGGGGUGAGUAGAACACAGGCCAACUCUGGAUUACAACCUGGAAUGAUUCUGGGAUUUGGUUGGAUUGCAGUGUUUUAAUCUUGCCCUACUUAAUUACUAUUGUAUUUAAUUGUUUUGUUUUGUUUCCAUAGCACCCCUACCCCACAGAGGAUGAGAAGAAGCAGAUCGCUACACAAACUAACCUGAGCCUCCUCCAGGUCAACAACUGGUGAGUUACAUGAACCCAUGCCAUACUACCAUGAACAACCACCUAAGUGCAUGAAAUGACAGAAUGACCUCUCCUAGAGUGAACCUCCAGUAAUGUGUCAAACCCUUAAAUUUCCUUUUAGUGAUUGGUCAACACGCUUGUUCCCUGUCUCGUGAUGGGUCCAAUCUCUCCUUCCGUUCCAGGUUCAUCAAUGCGCGGAGGCGGAUCCUGCAGCCCAUGCUGGACGCCAGCUCUUCGGAGAUGGCCAAAACCAAGAAGAAACCGCCUCCGAACCGGCCGCUACAGCGUUUCUGGCCUGACUCUAUCGCCACAGGGAUGACCCAACAACGGGUCCAGAUGGCAGACGGUACAUACGGCUACUUGCUUGCUACACUGCUCAUUGGAUCAGCACUGCUGUGUAUUGCGAGUUGCUAGAGCUGUUGGCUAUACUUGUUUUUAAAGCAACUAGGCACAAGAGCGCUUACUGUAUUGGGAAUGAUGGCCACAAGGCGAAUUCAGUCACAAGGCAAAGUCAAGGCUCUCUUGGUAAAGCGACUUAUUUCUCAAUAAGAGACUAACUAAAUGUAAUGUCGCUGACGUGUCCUCUCCUGGUCGUCUGUUCCCCAGGCACCAUGGUGACAAUGAGUGUGGAGGGUCUCCAGAGCCUUACAUCAGACGGCGCCACGCUGGCCGUGCAGCAGGUGAUAAUCGGCGGGCACAGCGAGGACGAAUCAGGAGACAGCAGGGACGAGGAGGACGAUGAUGAUGACAUGACUGGGCUGGGCCUGGACAACAGCGACUCCCUUCAGUAGGACACACACACAGACAUACUGUACACACACAGACAUACUGUACACUCACACCACAGGAGGCUGCUGAUGGGAGAACGGCACAUAAUAAUGGCCGGAAUGGAGCAAAUGGAAUGGCAAUUUAUUUGAUACAAUUCCAUUUAUUCUGCUCCAGUCAUUACCACGAGCCCAUUCUCCCCAAUGAAGGUGCCACCAACCUCCUGUGACUCACACACGCAAAUACACACAAAUAAACACACACAAACACUAAUAGACAUACACAGACAAAAACAAACUUUGUAUGCUCUGUUGAAAAUAUGGUGGUUCAGGCCUUUCACAAUGAACAAACAUGAUGAAGGCAGACUG